CUGCCUGAGCUACAUCCAGUGACUGAGUGAGCUGCAUCCAGAGACUGCCUGAGCUACAUCCAGCGACUGACUGAUCUACAGCCAGAGACUGCCUGAGCUACAUCCAGUGCCCGUCUCUGAGUGGAGGCACAGGGCCAUGGCGAGUGCGGCUCUCAGUGGUGACGAGGCUCGAAGGGAGUUGACCUGCCCCAUCUGCCUGGACGCCUUCCGCUGCCCCUGUACGCUCAGCUGCGGCCACUCGUUCUGCCUCGAGUGCGUGGAGGGCGCCUGGGAUGCGGCUGAGUCCUUCUCCUGCCCACAGUGCCGAGUGACCUUCCCUCAGAGGCCCAAGCUGAGCAAGAACUUCACGCUCGCCAACCUGGUGGAGCAGCGCAGUGCCGCAGAUGAAUUGGCCACUGUGGUCUUGUGUGACUUCUGCAACGAUGGCACGACCGCUGCCUCGAAGACCUGCCUCAGGUGUGAUAUGUCCUACUGUGUGACUCAUGUAAAGCCUCAUCAGGAGAACCCGAAGUUCAGGGGCCACAUUCUGGUGGAUCCAGACACGAAUCCUGAAGACCGCAAAUGCAAGACGCACAGAAAGAAGAUAAAGUUUUACUGCCGACAGGACAAGAGCUUGGUCUGCACAACCUGCACCAUCGCAGGAGACCACAAGGGUCACGAUGUGGCUACUUUGGAGGAUGAGCACAAGACACGGGAGAAACAAGUGGGAGAGGAGACGCGGGCGGUGGAGGAGAAGAGGAGGGAGGCGGAGGAGUCCGUGAGGCGGAUGGAGGCCGCUCGCAGGGACGUGCAGGGAUCCAUGACAGAUGAAAAGGCCUCAAUCUCGGUCAGAUUCGCCCGCGCGAGAGCAGCGUUGGAUGUGGAGGAGAAGACGGCGUUAGAGCAAGCGGAGCAGAAAGGGCGCAAGCUGCUGACCCAGAUCGAGAAGAAGAUCGCUCACUACCAGCGCGAGAUCAGCGAACUCCAGGCAGCAGCUACACGCCUGCAGGCCCUAGCGCAGGAGAGGGACUCGCUCGCGUUCCUGCAGGGGCACCUGGAGGAGAUGUGCAGGACAGGGAGGUUUACAGCAGAUCCACCCUCAUGUUCUAGCCAAGAGGACAUUGCUUCGCUUAAAGGCACCGAGGAAACUGUGGCCAAAUUCCUGUACGGACGCUCACCAACUCUGGACACAAACUCAGCUAAUAACCAACUCCAGAUCUCCUCGGAUCUCAGGACGAUGACAGCGGUCCGUGCCUCCCAGGGUCGCCCCCAUCACCCACACCGGUUUGAUGGCUUUGCACAAGCCCUGUGCUGUGAGAGCUUCUUGUCUGGCCACCACUACUGGGAGGUGGACGUGGGGGACGCGCGGUGGUGUCGGGUUGGAGUCGCGUACGGGACAAUCCCACGGAAAGGGAGUGGUGCUGCACAGCUGCAUGGAGGGAGCGACGCAUCCUGGUGUUUAGAGAAAUGUAACAACAACUUCUCAGUGGUUCAUGGAGGAGUGAAGACUGCACUGUCGGUGAGGGGGGCCCCCUCCCCACGCAGAAUCGGGCUUCACCUGCACUGGGAGGGGGUGCUCCUGGCGUUUUACCGCCCCGACUCCAUGGAGGUGAUCCACGAGGUUCGGCAGGGAUUCUUGCAGCCUCUCUACCCUGGGAUGUGGGUGGGGUAUUUGAAAGAACCAUUGAAGAUCGUGGAUCUGAGUCGUGCAUCCUGAGGAUGAGGAGAGAUAGCAACUCAAGAAACCGAGACAGAAACCCAAUAAACGGAGGAGAGGGUGGAUGGUGAGGAGAGGGUGAAGUGAGGGUGAUGGCAAGGUGGAACAGAGGGUGAGGUAAGGUGAGG